AUUGGCUUAGGACAUGUGGAUUAUUCGAAUUUUGAUACCAACACCUGAGGGUUUAUUUAUAUUCACAGGCUGGAACGUGUAGAUCUUCGCCAGCCACCCUUCUGUCCUGUUCUAGUUAAAGGAGGUCAGCUAUCCUACUAGUCUAAUCUAUGCUUUCCAAAUGAAGUCAUCCUCAAUUGAAACUCUCCAUACUAGAGAACUAUGACUACUGCUGAACAAAACGAGCCGCGGCCCCUCGUCCUAGACACGUACGACGAAAACGAUGCCGACGACAGGUUCUGCAUGAGGAUGCUAAAGGCCUUGGUUGACGGCUCCCAAACGCCGUCCGCUAUCGCCACCGAGGUCGAUGACUGGGUUGUGCGGGAAUCCUCACGCAAGCUACAGGCCCUUCAAGAGCGGUCAGACUUCGUUGAGACAGACGAUGACGGUGUUCCGCUUCGUAAAGCACCAGAUGCUGGCGGAUAUGUUAAUCGUUUCUUCCAGCAUUUCCCCAAUGUGUGUUCUGUCUUCCCACCAUAUCACGCGGGGCAGACCAGAAUCAUUCAGUUCCUUGAGGCCCUGGUAGCCAUACCCGAGCACAAGGCUCCCGAUUACUUUCUGGACGACGCGCGCAAGGAAGUCCAUAUGAUGACUCUUUGGUUAGAUAAGGGUUACUCGACAGAGGACCUCCGUAUCAGAGCAGACGCUAUCAGACACCCGGGCUCGGGGGUUGAUGUUCCAGGCAGUGAAGCAGAGGCCCGCUGGCGCAACUACCAAUCUGCUCUGGCGCGCAUCGCAACGACGGGCUUUAGCGACUGCGGAUUCAACAGCGCGCUGCGAGAUAUCAUGCCCCACGGCAAGAAAUAUCCCACCUUCAAAGUCCGCGUAACCUCCAAGCCCGAAGACAUCGGAGGCCACAUCCAAGGCGCGGCGCAGUGGAUCAUAUGGCCCGACGAGCUACGCUACGUUUACGAGCAGUGCAAGAAGAAGGGGCGGGUGGACAAGAAGAACCCUCGAGACACGUGGAGCAUGGAAAAUUGGAGGAUUUGGAAAGCGCAGUUCGAAUUCGCUGCGGGUCAUGAGAGGGUUGAUGCGCGGGCUCGCGAAGUAGCUGCCAUAGCGGCCGAGAAGAUGAACGCGAUUGAACAGGGUAGAGCCUAAUGAUUCCUGAUAGUAUUCUACACAACAGUAGUUGAAGCUAGACUUCACAUUAACUUCCAAGUGACUAGAAACUUCCAAACUGUGGCACCUAUAGUGAUAGAUGCUAUAGACUUGAGCUUAUAUCUUGGUACUUUGCAGUGCUUAUAUUAGUUUUGCGCUUCCCAUACCAAACGGCUCUCCGCGUACGCCAUCUCCUCUGCCGGCUUGGCACGCAGUAUUGGACCCCGGGCGUUCUACCGUGCCAGGAGGUAGCAUCCCUACGAGCUACCCAAGACGGCAAUUCACCAGAAUGCUUCUUUCGUGUCGCGCAGCUUGGCGGGUAAUAAAGCGAGCUUCUCGGUUGCACAGACCUAUCCUAACCUCCCUAGAGGCAAGUAGCGGGAAAGGGCUGAAGAUGGAUGGAUGGAUGGAUGGAUGCUGCAUCAGC